AUGAAUAAACAAUUCCAAAUAAUUGAUGAACAAUUGAAAAAUAUCUCCAACGAAGUGCACGAGGUGCAUCAAAAUGCAAUCCACCUAUUUUAUUUCACUGCAAAUGCCGUUGCACUUGACGUCAUACUUUCAAACUUGAGGCGGAUCCAAGAAACUGUCAUUAAUACGGUAACAAACAUUUACCAUGGAAGAUUAGACAUUCAUCUUCUGGCUCCAGAACAGCUGCAGAAUCAGUUAAACAUUAUCUCUAGACAAGUACAAGGACAACAUCUAGCCCCUGUGGACGCAAACAACAUUAAGGAGGUAUCCAAGAUUUUACGCGUUAAGGCAAGAGUGACGGAACAAUACGUCAUAAUCGAAGUGAAAAUACCAUUACUCGGAACAGACAGCUAUGAACUUAACAAGGUCAUACCCAUACAUCAACAUAGAAAAAACAGAUAUGUUCACAUCACUCCAGCCUCAGAGUACAUUGCAUUUAAUUUAAGAAAAGAUACCUUUAUGUCGCUUACUGAAUUGGAUUUACAAAAUUGCAUCAAAUACAACGAACAGAAACUUCUAUGUCCGUUAAGCAGCCCCCUAUACGAACUAAGGGUAGAUCAAUCAAUAUGUGAUGUCAAAAUAAUGAAUGAUAAUAGCAAAGAAACUUAUUGUCGGAGCGAAAUAAAGGAUUGCGCCGACAGGUGGAUGAAAUUACAAACCCGAGAUACAUGGUUGUUUACAUGUUGUGAAGAAUGCAAAGUUCGCAUUUUGUGUCCCUCGGGAGUGGCGACUGCAUGUCUACAAUACAAUGGCCUUAUCAAUAUAGGUCAAGAUUGUGUUUUGAAAGGUGACACCUUUACCAUUCAGGGACAUCAUGACUACAUUAGUCAACUCUAUACUGACGACUACAACACAGGAGAAAUAUUUCCAAAUUCAACCCUAAACACAUUGGUCAAUUCUUCAAUAGCACGUAUACCAUUUGUUGUCGAAAGCCAUAACAUUACCCUUUGGAAAUUAAAACAGCAAAUUCAAGAAUUACAACAACAAAAGGAAAUUAUAAGCAACGACGACAUUCACCACUAUACGAUGAUCUACAUUGUAUUCUCCGUAGUCAUUGUAGCUAUUGCAAUUGGAACGACUUGGCUGUGCAAACGAAAGUCGCGGGAGGAUCCCCGAGGAAACUUGCAACAGCAGCAGCUUCCCACAAUCGUUGUCAGCGCGCCGCCGCCGCGGUCUAACGAACCUGGAUCAGCGGAUAAGACCACUUCUCCAUUGGCAAAACACAGAACCAUCCACUUCAAGACGAUACGUGGAGAAACUGUCUAA